UACACCAUACGUUCGGCGGCGCCCUCGCGACUCGCUAGUCACUGCUCGGCCACGGAGCGCUAGUGCUGUACGCGGCAGAUUCGAUUCGACUGCAUUGCCAUCCUUACACACACAUAGCUACUCCUUUUGUACACCGUCGCAGCCGCUUAUAUUUACAAACUGUUAUAACGUUUCAACGCUGUUCAAUCUAUUUCACCAAGGCCGGCUCCGAACUUGACUUGUGAUUGUUUGUUAGAACUGUCAGUGCGUGUUGUGCUUUAUCGAUAAUAUAACCUGUAUGACUUCAAGGGCACAGCCGUAAGUUGUGCUUUGGAUGCGGUGUUAUAGAAGAGCCUAACUUGAUUCUAGCUUUGUUGCUCUUCUAAAAUGUAAGUGGGCGUAUUCGAAAGUUUAAUAAUCGAUCGGGUGUCGUACGUGGGAAUUGCCUUUACGUAAUCUUUGUUUACCUUAGGGAUGAUGCACUGUGUAAACUGACCCUGUGGUAUCUAAUCUACCUACAUAGCCCAUUGACAACUCUUUCAUUCAAGACGCCUGUUGACAGUAUCGAUCUUCGGAUAUUUUCAGCAACCCGUUUCUUGAAGAUAUUUGGAAUGAUCCAAAAUAACAUUCUACUCUACCUACCUCCGGACCAGUCGUCCAGGGCGUGGGCGUGAAAUGGCACGCGCGGGCAUGCUGCACAGGGGAGGAAAAAAUGGAGCUGAUGGGUGCGACGACGUGCAGCGUUCCUUGGAGCUUCUGGACCAAGUGUUGAGCGAAUACGACGAGGGGGAGCCAAGGUCGCUGGAGGCGCGCGCGCCGCCCACGCCAGCCACGCCCGCCACGCCUGCCACGCCGGCCACGGACGACGACUCGCCGCUCGCCGGACAUACCUCCGAGGACGAUGGAUACAUGAGCAUGAACGGCAGAAGAGCGAAGUUCGCACUGGGCUUUCGACCGACGGAGGAGCGCGAGGAAGGCUCGCCGCCAGACCCACCGUCGCCGCAUUCACCGCCGCCUCCCGAGGAAGCGGAGAGAAUUAUAUCAACCUUAUUGCCAAAAGUAUCGCCCGCGAAUUCUGCGAAACGAACCAACUCUGUGGAAAAGUGCGCUGCUGAUGAUAAAUUAGACUCUAUCAUUAGCGUUAAUGGUAUUACGACUGCAACACAAACAACUUUUCCGAAGACUCGACACCAACGUCCGUACGGGUGGGAUAAAGAUUUAGAAUCAAAUGGUUUCCAAUUACAACAACCGCCAGUGCCUCCGUUCAAGUUUUCUUCACUGCAGCACGGCGCGCGGCCGCUGUAUCCAGAGAGUAUCCCAACGUGGCUCCCACCAAGGCAUGCAGCCCCUCCUGUCAAUAAGAAAUCACCUAGUUACGAAAAUGCACCAGUGUUCCCGUUCAUGGGGUUUUCUAGCGAAUUUAACGACAAACCGUAUAACGAACACCCGGUGACAAUUUAUCCAGGACCCAACAUUCAGUAUAAUCGCCAAUCUCAUUCGCCUACGUAUAAAAUUUCUCCAUCCAACAGUAAGAGCAUCGAUAAAAAGAACGUCAAAAGAGACAGCAGGUCGGAUGGAGAAAUGUUGUCACCAAAAAGUAAAUUGCCUCCCCGUACUCUCGCCAGUUCUAUGGAGAGACAUAGAGAAGUGUGUAGAGGAUCAUCGGAGGACGUGAUGGACAGUUGCCAGUUGCGAGGUUUGAGCAGAAGCAACGAUGAAGAACAUUUUUCGGACGACUCGUUAGAAGAAUUGUUCCCCCCGCCGCCGCCCGCAGUGAGCACACCUUCGAAACGUAAUUCCAUAGCCUGGGAAGUGUCUCUUGAUGGUGACGAUCCUCUCCUCACACCAGGAAGCACAAAGGUUAUAGGAAGACGACGAAGGAAAUCUGGAGACCAAUCACACUCGAGCACAAGUUCGAUACCUCAACGUCUCGAUGACGACUGGGGCGAGGAGUAUUGGCCUCCGCCUCCACCAAUAUCUCAGUGCGAACCUCUCGCGUCACCUAUUUCUGAUGCCGAGCCAGAACAUCGUCGACCUCAAGAUUUAGCUUCAGGCACAUAUGUUAUUAGAAAAGGAAAGAAUCGAAAACAAUUGCCAGCCUUUAACAAAAAUGCGAAUAAUAAAAUACAAUCAAAUACCAAUAACCUCUCACAGAGUCACAGUUUAAACAGAAGUAUCGAUAAAUCCAUAGAUGGUUCAAGUAUUUCAAUAAGUGGAUCAGGCUCCGUGGGUUCCUAUAAUUCUAGACCAAGUUCGGAUUUAAGUUUACCUCAGUCACGAUAUAGCGCUGACCUAAAUUCACGGUUAAGUCGGGAACUUAACACUCCAAACUCUAGAUAUAGUAUUGACCUUUGUACACCGAAUUCUAGAUUAAGUAAAGAAAUUACGUCACCUAAGUCAAGGCUAAGUUUGGAUCUCAAUAAUGGACAAGAUAGGUACAUCAAUCCAGAAUAUUACGCACAUAGUCCUAAAAGUAGACAAAUAAAUAAUGAUAAAAAUGCUAUUGUAUCCAAAAAUAAUAGUGUGCAAAAUAAAUUGUCUCCACAGGCUAGAUUUACAGACUUUAAAAAAUAUUCUUCUACUUUUGAUAAUAUUCAGUCUUUAAUCAAAGAAGGUAAAGUUGAAGAAACGCCUGCAUCAGAAUGCAAUGAAACCGUUGGUGAGCUUUCUACUGUGCCUCCAAACAUGGUUCGUGUCAUCUCGCUUCCUAGUCUCGGAGCUGAAGGAGACAGCAAUAGUGCUAGUCGUCAAGCCCUUAUAACUACAGUCGAGGAAGAGGAUGACCAAGAAGUUGGUGAACCAGGGUCUAGUGGUGAGACUUCACCUCUUCGCAAGAUUGAAAAUAAUAUAAGUGCAAUACUUAGCCACGGUCGGGACCAAAAACAUUUUACCCCAUAUAUACCAAAAGACUGGAAUAUUCAUAAGGAUGAAUACUGUGAUGAAAUAUCUAAAGAUAUAUUAGAAAAUCAUUUUCGUUAUAGCUCUAGGGAUAAACAAAAAAGGCACGACAUUCAAAAAUCAUCAAGCCACAAUGAAAUUCAGAAUCAGAGAUCGAUAGAAAGGCGGGAACGAUCGUCCAGUAGAAGAUCAAAUAGUAUGCAUAAAUCGACUAGUGCUAAAGAUGUGCCAGUUGGCUUAAUGCGACAACCCUCUUCCUCCGACUCUGCAGUAUCCAGUGGUGGAGACUUUCCUCUUAAUGUUCAAAUUGUAGAGCAUCCAUACAGACAUAAUCAAUUACCACCUUCGCCGAGCAUGGUGCAUGAAAUGGGACCGCUACCUCAAACACCAGAAUCUCCAAAGUUCCCACCUUUACCGCCCUCGCCAGUACAAGAAGUAGAAGACGAAUACACAGAAAUUAUGCAACCCACAGAUAGACGACACGGCAAAAAGGCCGACACUUUAACGACAUCCACUUUAGAAUCUAGAAGAAGGCCAUCAGAACCCCCCGCCGUGCCUCCACACCGAGACACCACAAAUAGUCUUAAAACGAGAUCAAUGGAGACAAGUUACAACAAAAAUAGAAGAAAUAGUAAUUUCAAAAGUGGUUCAACGGACAGAAGAACUUUGCCUACAGAUACAGGAGCCAGUGGUGCAAGGAGAAGAACGCUGCAGCGUCAGAGUCGGGAGUCUUCGUCCAACAUCCGCGGCCAACUCCAGACCUCGGCUAGUCUCCCGGAGACGCCAGUUUUUGCCCGCGGUUGUGAUGUUCCUCGAACUCCACCUAGAAAUUCAACGGGACCACCAAGAAACAACACUAUUAACUCCAUCCAAACCAUAGGUAGUAGUGCAACACUUGGAGGCUAUGGACGCGGCUCAGUAAUGGGCACUUCAGGAGUAUGUACUGGAGCUGAUCUGCUUCGUUUGGGAGGACCUCCGCGCGGCUGGUACCCACGACAACGAAAUCGGCCGGCUUCAACAGAGCACCUCGAUAGAAUAACAACAUCGUCGAAGAUAGCGGCGGACAUCCCGGUACAGUGGGAAAACUCUGCCGCACGCAAGCCGCUGACGCUGCCGCCGAAUUUGACGCCGAAGUUCUUCCAAAAGUCUCCAAGAGAAGCCCUACGAAGAGUUACAAGUCUAUUAAUACGAAAAGGAAACAAUGGGAAAGAGAAGGAAAAUUCUCGAAGCAAGGAGGCGACUUCGCCGGCGGCCCGAUCCGCUAACGGCGAGGAGCAUCCAGGCCAGAAACAGAGAAAAGGUUUCUUUAGAAGCCUUUGGAAGAAAUCUCGCCAUUACUCUUUAGAACAUCCGUGACCUUGUCAAGAAACUGAUAGGUUGUUCUCUACUUUAAAAUCCCUGCCGUGAAUCCUGAUUACAUACAUUUUUGUACUAUACCUAAUUUGCGAUAAGUGUAUUAUUUCGACCUGAACAAUUUUUAUAUGAUAAAUGUUAAUGACUCAUGCUGAUAGCUAUAACAUUGGAGUGUUAGGGAUAAUUGUUGUAUUAACAUGUGCGUGAAUGUGGCUUUCAAAUAAAAAAUAUAAUCUUAGUUUGAGCUUCUAAGGUACAGAAUAGAUCGAGUGAUGGCAAUGCUACAGUUGAGCAAGUCCGCGAAUCAUCAAAUAUCGUACCUAUUCCUUUGAAAUAAACUGUUUCAUAAUCUCACAAAUUCUAUCUAGUAAGCAACUAACAACUUUCUUCGAACGGAAACGGUAUUUUAUUAUUUCGUGCGAGUGCCGACUGCCACACGGUCUGCGCUUACCCUAUGACAAGAUUUAGUAUUAACUGGAUUAUAUAGGGGUAUUGUCUAAUUAAUGAUUAUUAUAACGCGUUAUUUAUUUUAAGGCAACGCAUCUAACUAGACACACAAUUAACUUUUCUUUGAUAUACAUAAAAUAGUUUGUAGAAAUGUAGAUAACCACGUAGUAAGUUAUGUACAUCUGGUUUUUGAACCUUUUUUUAACACGUUCAGUGCCACCGACUCGCCCGGAGAGUCCACGUAAAUUUUAUUCCAGCGCCGUAGACUCGCCUCGCGAGUUCAAUGUUUUUGCAAUUUUUUUUCAAAAUGCAUGUGUAUUUUCUGCUUAAAAUAAUACUGAAGACUAAAUAUACACUAAUCUAAUGAAUAACGUGGUGGGCCGGGUGUGCAGACCCAGUUUAUAAUCGAAAGAAAAUAAACUAUUCUGCAAUGCCUUGAACUCGCUAGGCGAGUUCACUAACAUAGAUUCUCAAACUUUUAUAAAUGAAAUAUAUAAAAGGUAGAUACUUUUAUUUUCAUUUUACCAAAAGUCACAUUCACUCGUAAAACAACGGCGGAUUGUGUUACACAAAUAUUAUAAAUAUAAAAUAUAUAUUAUAUAACAAAUAUACUAAUAUAUAUACCUACUUACCAUGUUGUAACAUGUUAUGAUUUAUUACUUAUGUCAUCUUUGUUUAUUUAAGUAGUAGUCCUUGACAGAGUUUUUAAAAAUCCUCAGUGAUGAGUGACUUACUCUGCCGUAUAUACAGAGGAAGCGCGUUUAGUAAUGUUGUGGAACGAAAUUAUUUCACGAAUAAUUAUAUUUAUUUAUUUAUUAAAUUAUAAAAAUUGAAUCCCAUCAAAAUAGGUUUAGCCAAAUAAAAGAUAAUCUCGGAAAAACAUACAUACGUACUAGUUAAACUGAGAACCUCCUUAUUUUUCAAAUUUGGUUAAAUUAAUAAGUUACCUUCUACGCAUUGUCGCUUUCUUGGUAUCUCCUCCUCCAUCUGAGUUAAAUCAUCGUCGUAAGCCUCCGUUUCUGGCACAUGUAGCACUAAAAAUAUACCAGACACUAUUUAAUAAAUUUCGAAAGUAAUUAAAAUGUAACUUUACUCAAAACAUCUAUACAUAUAAUAAGAAAAUCUGUUUAUAAAAACAAUAUAAGAUAUCAACAAUAAUCAGUAUUUGUAAGAUUGAGAGCCACUGCAUAAAUUACGAAACAAACUUACCUUUUCGUUUAUUUAUAGUGUUUCUUGCCAUUUUCUUUUUGUUAAAUUACACCAUAUACUAGUUAAUUGCUUUAAACACGUAACGUACACUGUCACGGCCACAAAAAUAACAGAACAUAGUUUUUACCCUAACGCAAUGCCACUGAACUCGCGUGGCGAGUCGAAUGAUUCGUAUCGCAGCGCCGGCGACUCACCUAGCGAGUCCAACGUAAAAUGUAGGCGGCUCCCGAGAAAACAUCGUGAAAAUCGUAGCGGUAAUGAAAGUGUUAAAUUAUUGUUAACCAAUAUAUAUUAGAAAAUAAAAAAAAAGAUUAUUCCUCCAAAUCUGUUAUAAGUAAUAGACGACACCAUGAUACUGUGUAAGUUUCUCAAUUUUUUUUAUAGUAUUAGUUAUUAUGUAAAAUGAUCUUGUGUGGUAUAUAUUAAAGAACCAAAUCACUUAUAUAGACUAACAGUUUUAACAUUUUAUACCAACCCUUGUAUUCGAGUGUACUUAAUUCUUAUUAUUGUAGAUUUUGUCAAAAGGAAAUAAAAUAUGUUCAUUAGCAAAAACAA